AUGUUUCGCUUUGCCAGUCGUUUCAAUUCUACUAUCUUUAAAAAAAUCAAUUAUAGAAAUGCUUCAACAAUUUCUAAUCCUACAAUUGCCAACAUAGAAACACAGUGGAAAGCCUUAUCAGAAGCUGAAAAAUCCAGUCUUAUAAAGAAGCUUGAGGACUUACAAAAGCAGGACUGGAAUAAGCUUUCCGUUGACGAUAAAAGAGCAGAACCAUUUAUGGGACCAGGUCACACGGGUAAGGUAAUUAUCGGAAUUGGCGGUGUUCUCGCAGCGUCUCUCGCAUUCCUUUAUGUUACCAAAGUAUUAGUCCCCGAACAACCGAGAACUUUAACUAAAGAAUGGCAGGAAGCCACUAACGAAAAAAUGCGUAGUCAGAAAGCUGAUCCAAUAACCGGUAUAUCAUCCGAAGGAUAUAAAGGAAAAGGCUUUGUUCAUUGA